UUCGUGCACUUUCGCUUCGAAUCUAAUUUGUUUUGUUUGGUUUACGCCGGCGGGCGCGUGAAUCUCGAUAGUAAAUUACGCGGCGUUAUUUAUAUUUUCGUUCGCCCGCUGCGCGCAUAGCUUUACCAUUCGUAACCGCGAAGAGAUACUUUACAUGUGGAAUACGUUGGGUGUAUUUAUUUUUUCUGGAGUCUGUGAGGCUAGUGUUAGUUUUUCGGUGAUGGUGGUCGGUUAGUGCUCCUACGAUGUCGGAAGCGACGACGCCAACGGGCGAGGCGCCCGUGCUGGAGCUGGACGACCGGGACGCGGAGCCCCGGACGCCGAUGAAGCGGCUCGGCUCCACGAGAAAGCUGGCUGCAUUCAACAAUAUUCGCGUUCAACUGACAGAGCAGACGCGGAUACUAGAAGCACGGGCGGAAGCGGCGGCGGGUGUCGCGGCGGAAUUACACGACUAUUGCCGAAGACGAGCCGAACUUGAGGCCGAGUACUCACGAGCUCUCGACAAGCUCGUCCGAGCGGCGCAUCAGAAGCAUAAGGAGCAUAAACACAAACGCGAGCAAUGGUCGCUAACAGGCGCCUACGCGUGCUGGCAAGCCGCGCUGGACAGCACACGGUCCCUAUCCAAAGACCAUGCAACUUUAGCAGCAUUAUAUGGAGGACAGUUAGCUUCAAGGUUGCAACGGGCGGCUGAUGACGCGCUGAGGUUACACAGAAAAUGUCGGGAUAUAGUCCUGGAGCGGCAUGAAGAGGUAGGAGCAGCGUUAGCCGACGCUGCAGCCGCGGGGAAGGCCCAAGCGGCAGCCGCAGCCGAGUGGCGAGCGGCGGCAGCAAAGUUGAGGCAUGCUCAUGACCAGAAGACACGGUUAGCUGCUGCUGACCCUCCGAGGGUUAAGAAGCUGAAGGCUCUGGAUAAAGAGCUUGAGAAGCGACGCGGCCGACACAGCGAGGCGCGCGCAAAGGCCCUGCGUGCAAGAGCGGACUACGUGUUAAGUUUGGAAGCCGCGAACGCGACUCUGCAGCGGUACUACCUUGACGACAUCCCCGAUAUCAUGCUUUGCAUGGAAGUCGGUUUCGAAGCUGUAGUAGGCCGAUGCGUCCGCACCGCCGCCGAGGCAGAAGCAGCGAGAGCAGCGGCCCUAUGCGCCGCCGCCGGCGCCCUACGUGGCGCGGCUUCAGCCCUGGAUUCUUUAAAGGAUAGGCAGAAGGCGUUGGACGCUCAUGCCCCGACUUUUGCGUUGCCACGACCACUGCCUUACCAAGGAACACCUCCGGAAGAGCAAGAUCAAGAAAUGCGUGAGUUAGUAAACGGUGCAGCAGAAGAGCAGGACGCAGCAGCUGCAGCAGUGGCCGCAGAGCUGGCGCAGCGCCUGCAGCAGUUGGAGAGCGGCGCGAGGGCUUUAAGGGCCGAGUGCAGGGAGAGCGCCAAGACGCUGGACGCGGCCGAGGCGGAGCUGGUCAAACAGAUGGAAGGCAGCCCAGCGCAGUGGGAAACAGCGCGGUUGUUCGGUCCGGACGCACCGGCGCCGCCGCCAACAGACGACCAAGAAGCGCCGCGGAAGGAACAGGAGGACUACUAUCUCGCGAAGUUCCGGUCAUAUGUGUCAAGCGCGGGGCGGCUCGCGCGGCUGGAGAGCAAGGCGGCGUGCAUGCGCGCGCGCCUCGUGCGCCUCGCGCCCGCGCCCCCGCCCGCCUCGCCGCCCUCCCCGCCGCGCCGCGCCGCGGCCCGCCUGCGCAGGGGACAGUUCGCCGCGCCGCUGGACGAUCAUCUAGCCGCUGCGAGGGCGGACUUACCGAGAGUGCUGACGUCGUGUGUGCGAGUUAUAUCCAGCUAUGGUCUACGACAUCAAGGUAUUUUCCGCGUGUCAGGGUCUCAAGUGGAAAUGCAAGCGUUACGCGCGGCCUUCGAACGGGGAGACGACCCAUUGGCACACGUUAGAGACGCCUCAGAUAUUAACUCUGUAUGUGGCCUCCUAAAGCUGUACCUCCGUGAGCUACGUCCACCGCUUCUGCCGCCACAACUACAAGAGCGCUUGCUCCGUCUAGCCGCGUUACCAAGCGACGCAGAUUUUGUACGAAGAAUGAGAGAAUUGCUAGCGACGUUGCCAGCAUCAUCGGUGCUUGUUCUAAGAUAUCUCCUGGCGUUCUUGGCACAUUUAACAGAAUACAGCGAGUACAACAUGAUGGAUGCGUGGAACCUAGCCAUCUGCGUGGGGCCCACGCUCCUAGCGGCGUGGGGGGAGGGCGGGGCGCAACUGGCAGCACAAAACCUGGUCAACGAACUAGUGAAGAGGACUAUUAUACAUCAUGCUGCGAUAUUCCCUCAGGAUAUCGCGCCACACGCGUUAUAUAAGCGUCCCAGUGAAGAGAACGAGACGGUAGCAGAAGAAGGAGAGAGCGCGGCGGGUUCUGACGACGUCGACGCGGCGGAGGAGCCCGACGUCAACGACGACCUGUCGCUUUAUGACGACGACGAUGAUAACGACGACGAUGAAAUAAGUGACGACGGUGAAAAUGGCGAAUGGAGAGAACGCGACAGAGACUCGAUAGAAAGGAGAUCGGAAAGCCUGCCGCGUCGACAAUCAGUGCCGGCCCCACAGGUUCGUGAGCCGUCCCCCGCCGCCCCCGCCCCUUCCACCUCUGCACAGUGCCGGAGGCUAGCGGAAGCAACGCCGGACCUAGUGCUGGACUUACCGGCGCGCGCGCCGACUGAGGCCAGCGCGCCGCCCGCCGACGCUGCCGAAACGUUCGCCAGCAACCGCGACACGCUUAAGAAACGGCCCUCGCACAAACCAUCAUCGUCCGAUAGCAGCACAAUCGCUCCCGACGAUCCUCCGGAGGCCGAAAAACCGGACGAGGCCGAAACACAAGCUUCAGCCUCCGCAGCCCCUGAAAGUCCAGUACCCGCACGCAACACAGCCCGCGUCGCCGCAAAAUUUGCCGACCUGACACUAACCGGUGGGUCUCUCAAGCCGGCUUUGGCGGCUAAACCAGCACUAUUAAGGAGGCCUACGCCACACCCGCAGCAUGCUAGGCCCCACCCGCCGUCUGAUGAAGCCACUUAGGGUAGAAGACGUCAAAUUUGCCGACUUGACACUAACCGGAGGAUCGCUUAAACCGGCUUUGGCGACUAAAUUAAGGAGGCCUACGCCACAUCCGCCGCCUGAUGAAGCCACUUAGGGUAGAAAACGCUUUUGCUGACUUGACUCUAACCGGCGGGUCUCUCAAACCGGCUUUGGCGGAAAUACCAGCGUUAUUGAGGAGGCCUACGCAAUCGCCGCCUGAUGAAUCCAUUUAGGGUCCCGGGGGCUAUGAAACGCAUGCUCGAUGCUGACGACCAACCAUUGGGUAAACUAAAACGCAAACAUGAUUUUGAAUGCGUGGAUUGUGCGUGCGCCUUCGGCUGAAAUGCUUUAAAACAUCGGCGUUGAGAGCCUCACAUGUGAAGUCACAAAUUUAACUUGACAAAUAUAGGUUUUUAGGACUCAAUUAUGGUUCAAAACUGAUUAAGAACUACAGUCGAAGAUCAAUUUUUGUCUGUUCAACUUUAUCUGUUCACUUUUACGUAGUUUAUGAUCUUCAAUGUGCAUAUUAUUACAACAAAUACUGGUUUGCAUAGUCGCAAACAUAACACAUCUAGACCUAUAUUGUCUUUUUGGACUAUAAUAGUUCUGUUAAAUUGGCAAGUCGGCAAACGCCAUAGACGAUUGCAUCUAUCGAUAUUAUCAGCACUUUUAACGUCAAUCUUUCCAAUAUUUACGUGGUUGCGUGAAUGAAGCUUCAUAAUUUACAAAUAUUUUUAUGAAUUUGAUCACUUAAUCCUUGAAGCCCUGUUUAUGCGACUAUGACGGUCGCCUACAUCACAAUUGUCAUCUGACAAUUUGUCAAAAUGACAAUAACAACUGUGACAAUUGUCAAGUUACAGAAAAAAAUCCAGUGACAUAUCAAACGAAAUGCUCAAAUCUAAUUGCUCAUUAGAAUGUUUUUGAGUAUUUUUGGAGAGAUGCAAUCGUCGAAGAUAAAUUAGAGGCUUAAUCGUCGACCAAAAGGUCACAAUGUCGUCCGACAAACGUUCUUAUGUUGCGAUGUCUUACCGCUGAUAUUUUGCUGGAUCGACAAGUAUGAAAAAUGCUUCUUGGCCUUCUAAGUCGUCUAGGCCAAAAUUAAAAAAAAAAUGUUGGAUAUACGUACUUCAAAGUUAAUGUCACUUAAAAGGAAAGUGUUUAGAAGAUCGCUGCGAAAAGGAGGAUAAAAGAUUAAACCUAUUCAUGUUAUGUAGGUUUUAGUUCUACCGGGGAUUUAAUUUUCAUUUUUUUUUCCAAAAGCACUAAACUUUAGCAAACAAGGAUUGCCCUUGUCAGAAUGUUUCUUCAACGAAGUUUUAUAAUAAUUGUUGAUCCAGUAUUAAAUCAGCGUUUUAAUCAUAAUUAUUUUUCUAGAAUAUAUUGACAUAAUAAUUCGACUUAUACGAGUUCAGAAAGUAGUUAUAAAUGUAUUGCUAUUUUAAUAAUUAUUGUAUUGUAUGGACAACGUUAUUAUCAAUAGUUGUCAAAUUUGUAUGGAUGGAUGUAUUUUUGUGUGCUCAUCUCAUGUACUCACUUUCUACUAGGGUAAGUUUUAUUCGAACUAGCGGUCCCUGUCUGUAAGCUUGUGGUGUUUAAAAUGGUCAAACAUAAACGUGAUGAAUGAAAUAAUCAAUCUCUCAUAGUUAGAAUGGCAUUGAAAGUCUGUAGUUUCUAUAUGAACAGAUUGUCCUACAAAAUAGAGAUCCUUUUCUUCAAAUUUUUUCAUCUACGCUCAGUUUGGGAACAAUAUUUCAUAAAAUCAAACAAAUCUAAUUCGAUUUAAUCGAUUUUGAUACAACAAAAACUGAAAGUGUAUACAGUCUGACCAAAAAAAGGAGAAAUUGUGGCAACAUCGUAGCGUCGUCCCGUUUUCUCACACAUAUUGAUUUGAAACGGAUCACACUACAAUGUUGCCAGUUUUUAAUUUUUACUCGUUUUGGUCAGACUGUAGUUUAUACGUCAUAAUCUCAUAAAAAUUUGACGUAAAAAUAACACUUUGCUGCUAUCAAAACCGUUGCUAACUUAUUUUGGUCUGACUCUUACUCCAAACAGUAGAAUAAAUUCAUAGACUCCUCAAAUAUCAUUGUAGCCGGUUUUACUUCAAUCCUAUAGAUAUCUUAAAAAAUGACCAUUUUAAUCACCCUGAAAUCGUGAUCUGAGAAAUAAAACUUGUAUAUUUGACAAUUGUUAUUCACAUUUGUUACUAUUUUGUAAACUUGACAAUUGUCAUCUGACACAAAGUAUUGUGGCCUGUUUCACCAGUGACAUUUAUCGCCCGACAGUGACACUGCGCCUGUUCAACAAGGAAGAAGAAAUAAGCACAAAAUUGUCAAGUGUCAAUGCCACUUUGAUGAAAUAGGCCAAUGGGCGUAAUUACAUGAUGAUGAUGAUGAUGACAUGUCGAUUACCGAUUGUCUUGUAGAAAUAUACCCUCGAUAUUUAGUGUCAUAUGACAAUUGUGAAUUUAUAAAGACUUAUUGUAGUUUUUUCUCAGAUCGUGAAUUAGUUAUUUCUCUUUCUUAUAUCCAGCCUUUGGGCUAGCCGGCCGCUGCUCGUGUAUGGGACAUUAGGCCGUAUUCAAAUGGACACAAUAUCUAUUUUAUAUAUCAUUAUUUUUAUACGCUUCUCGAAUGCGGCAGUCGAUCUAAACAUUAGAUAAGUUUUAUUUAAAUUAAGCGUUUUAUGGUGUCUAGUAUGGUUAGGGAGCAGUAGAUUAAACGGAACAAUAAUAUGAAUUUACAAUAAAUAAGUAAUAUUGGGUAGCUCCUUUAAAAAUGCAUACGACAUAGCGAGCUUUGAUUUUUUUUCAAUUGUGAUGUUGCAAAAUAAUAAUUAUUAUUAUUCAAAAAACUUACUAGUCCGUGUAGGCUAAUUCUGUUACGAAUUUAAAGUGACAAAUUGUUGAAAAUACAUAGGACCAGUUGCAUCAACCACAUUUGAGUCAUUUGACAGACACAUCAUCGUCGCGCAGCAGAGGUAUAUGGAACUUCCCAUACAAUAAAAUUUAACGAAUGCUUUAACGGUGACAGAUGGUUUGGUGCAACCGGCCCAUAAUCGACAAAAUGUAUAGUAAAAGAAGUUGAAGACACUUGUAAGUACCAGAAAUGUGUGCCGAGUUAGCUUGUUCAGACUCUAGAGUGGGCCAAAGACUAUCUUCUUAUUAAUAAUCGAUCAAGAUCUACCUCUAAUAUAAAAUAUUUUUCAGUACAGAUGGUCGUUUUUUUACGCACUAGUUCGAGAAGUGGUUCAUUAUAUGCCAGGUCGAAACUUCGGAGGCUCAUCUGUACUGAAAAAUGUCGUUCGAUACACGUGCGAAAAGGAAAUUCGUAACUCGUGUCGAUUUAAAACACUCCCUUCGGUCGUGUUUUAAUUUAUCGCCACUCGUUUCGAACUUCCUCUUUUUCGCACUUAUCGAAAUGUACUUAUGCCAUUAAAUUUUAAGAGGCGCACAAUUUAAACGCUUAUAAAAACGCGUCAAAUAUUUAAAAGAAAAACGCAUUUAAAAAAGACCGCAACGGUCAUAUUCUAAAUUAGGCCUAUAACUAACAAUAAUGGUCGGCUGCCUCAUUUGACGCUAUACGUGAGAAAUGAAGUAACGAGGUGAUGAGGUAGUGAGGUAAUGAGGUGAUGGGGUAGUGAGUUUGAGGGAGCGGCGGCCGUCCUCUGUGAUAUAUUGUAUCGAAUCUGUACCUCUGUAACCUUUACACAAUAAACCAGUAUUACCCGCGUA